AUGGCCACACUUUCUUCCUAUGAUGAUCACCUCAUCUUCACUGCCUUGGCCUUCGUCAUAUCUAGCCUAAUUUUCCUCCUUGCUUUCAAAACGAAGUCCAGAAAGUUAAACCUCCCUCCAGGACCCCCCGGAUGGCCUAUUGUGGGAAACCUUUUCCAAGUUGCUCGUUCCGGGAAACCUUUCUUUGAGUAUGUCAACGAGGUGAGGCUCAAAUAUGGCUCAAUCUUCACCCUCAAGAUGGGGACGAGGACCAUGAUCAUUCUCACCGAUGCAAAGCUGGUCCACGAGGCCAUGAUAAAACAGGGGGCUACCUAUGCCACCAGGCCUCCCGAGAACCCCACCAGAACCAUCUUCAGUGAAAACAAGUUCACUGUGAAUGCGGCACUGUAUGGCCCCGUUUGGAAGUCACUCAGAAGGAACAUGGUGCAGAACAUGCUGAGCUCCACUAGGCUCAAGGAGUUUCGCGCUGUGAGGGAUAACGCAAUGGACAGGCUCAUCAACAGGCUCAAGGCUGAAGCGGAGAAGAACAGCGGGGUGGUUUGGGUGCUCAAAGAUGCCAGGUUUGCUGUGUUUUGCAUACUUGUUGCUAUGUGUUUUGGUCUAGAGAUGGAUGAGGAAACAGUGGAGAGAAUAGACCAGGUUAUGAAGAAUGUUCUCAUUACCUUGGAUCCGAGAAUUGAUGACUAUCUUCCAAUCCUAAGUCCCUUUUUCUCAAAGCAAAGAAAGAAAGCAUUGGAGGUGCGUAGAGAACAGAUUGAGUUUCUAGCCCCUAUCAUUGAGCAGAGAAGGAGGGCAAUCCAAAACCCCGGGUCAGAUCACACUGCCACAACAUUUUCCUACCUGGACACACUCUUCGAUCUGAAAAUUGAAGGGAAGAAAUCAGCCCCCUCUGAUGCUGAAUUGGUCUCACUAUGCUCAGAGUUUCUUAACGGAGGUACAGACACAACAGCCACUGCGGUUGAGUGGGGCAUGGCACAGCUCAUAGCCAACCCUCACGUUCAGACAAAGCUGUAUGAGGAAAUUAAGAGGACGGUGGGAGACAAGAAGGUGGAUGAGAAGGACGUUGAGAAAAUGCCUUACCUACAUGCUGUGGUGAAGGAACUCCUAAGGAAGCACCCUCCGACACACUUUGUGCUCACACAUGCUGUCACUGAGCCUACCACUUUGGGAGGGUAUGACAUACCCGUUGAUGCAAAUGUUGAGGUGUUCACUCCAUCAAUUGCUGAGGACCCCAAAUUUUGGUCCAAUCCUGAGAAGUUUGACCCUGACAGGUUCAUCUCUGGGGGAGAGGAGGCUGACAUAACCGGGGUCACAGGAGUGAAGAUGAUCCCAUUUGGGGCGGGGAGAAGGAUAUGCCCUGGCUUGGGAAUGGCCACGGUGCAUAUUCACCUCAUGAUGGCUAGGAUGGUGCAGGAGUUUGAGUGGGGUGCUUACCCUCCAGAGAAGAAGUUGGACUUCAGUGGCAAGUGGGAGUUCACUGUGGUCAUGAAGGAAUCUCUAAGAGCAACCAUCAAACCAAGAGAAGAAACACUGCAGUUGUAA